CCCGCAGCUGACUUUUGGCAAAACUUGAAAAAACUAUUUUUCAUUUUUAUUUUAAUUAUUUUUUUUUUUCUCUUUCUCUUUCGUCUUGUUACUAUUGAUCACCUUCAAGCACACUUUUUUUUUAUUCUUUACUUUUUAUAUUCAUGACAGAUAAUACUGCCAAUUAUGAUGAUUCACAUACUACAUUGACAACUGUUAGAAAGAAGAAAGUAUAUUGUCCAGAUACUGCUUUCUAUGGUGAUUGUCGUGAUGUGGAAGACUUUGAGAAGCUGAAUCGUGUUGGGGAAGGUACCUAUGGUGUAGUCUAUCGUGUGAAGGACACAAAGUCUGGUAGUGUGGUGGCACUGAAGAAAAUACGCAUGGAAAGGGAAACGGAUGGAAUGCCUAUAUCUAGUCUACGGGAAAUCAGUAUAUUAAAACGAAUGAAGCAUCCAAAUAUUGUCAAUGUCUCGGAUGUUGCAGUAGGACCUAAGCUGGACUCUAUCUUUCUGGUAAUGGAAUACUGUGAACAAGAUCUUGGUACUCUACUUGACAUGAUCUCAACACCAUAUACACUUUCCGAAGUCAAGUGUCUCAUGACUCAACUCUUGAAAGGAUUGGAAUAUUGUCAUAGUCAUUCUAUUAUUCAUCGGGAUCUGAAAAUGUCAAAUUUACUACUCACAUCAACUGGCUUACUCAAAAUAGCUGAUUUUGGACUGGCACGGACUCUUAGUUUACCUGGAAAACCUAUGACUCCCAAUGUUGUAACUUUAUGGUAUCGAUCACCAGAGUUACUAUAUGGAGAUGCCAAUUAUACAACUGCUGUAGAUUUAUGGUCGGCAGGUUGCAUCAUGGGGGAAUUACUACAGCAUCGACCUUUGUUACCUGGUAACACUGAACAAUCUCAAUUGAACCUGAUUGUCAAAUUACUUGGUACACCAAAUGAUCAUAUCUGGCCUGGUUUCACUCAAUUGCCUUUAGGAAAAGCCCUUAUGUUACCAAAACAAGACAAGAAUACUCUCAAGUUGGUAUUCCCACGAAUAUCGGAUCAAUCCAUCAGCCUGCUGGCAGGUUUACUUACUUAUAAUCCUAGAUCACGACUCACUGUUAGACAGGCAUUACAACAUCCAUACUUUAGAGAACCACCUAGAGCACAAGACCCUGCGAUGCUUCCAACUUACCCUGAAAUUCGAAAUCUUAUGUCAGAAAAAGAAAAGUAAGUGAGAUAUCAUAAACAGGAGGGAUGAUGAUUGAAUUAUUAUUAAUAUAUAUAUAUAUAUAUCUUGGUUUUGGUAGGACGCGAAGGGCUCAUGAUGAAGAACGAAAACGACGAUUGGUCCAUGUCAACAGUGGAAUGGAAACUGAUGGGAAUAUCUUGACGAAAUACAAGAAACAAAAAGCUGGAUAGAUAGUUUACUUUUAUUUAAAAUAUACAUUUGCCAUCUACAAUAAAACAAUUGAAUUAUUUUGAUUGUUUUUUUUUUUAUUA